AAUCGAAUUGAUGUGAGCCCUAGCGCGGGAGCAAUGGCGGGGCUAGUGGCGGCGGGAGCGGCAGCGGCAGCGGCGGUGGCGUUUGCAUUUCUUACAUUUGGCAGGAGGAAGAAACUGGCUAUCCCAUCGCUGGCGGGCAAGCACGUCUUUAUCACAGGAGCUUCCAGCGGCAUUGGGCUCGCCAUUGCCAAGCAGGCCCUCCUCCAAGGGGCAUUUGUUACCAUCUCGGCCAGAAACCAGCUCAAGCUCGACAAGGCGGCUCAAUCUCUUGUGAGUGAAGCGCACUGCGACAGCCAUAGCAUCAAAGUUUUGGUGGCCGACGUUGGCGAUUUUAACGCGAUAUCCUCCGCCGUGAGCGAGGCUCACUCGUGGAAACCAAUCGACGUCCUGGUUUGCAACGCGGGGUACACUAAGGCUGGAUACUUUGACGAAGUCCCGGUGGAAGUUCAUGCAGGUCAAGUCCAGACGAACUUGAUGGGAGUGAUUCAUACAGUCCACACCGCGCUUCCACUCAUGAAGCCGCUCGCAAGCGAAAAGAAGCACUCGAUUGUGAUCGUCAGCUCCGGAGCAGGACUGUUCCUUUUGUACGGGAGCUCAGUGUACAGUGCAACCAAGCAUGCUCUACGAGGAUUAGCAGAGUGUCUCCAUCUCGAGCUUUUGCCGUAUAACAUCAAUGUCAAUCUCGUCUGUCCUGGCUUUGUCGACACUGCUCUUAUAGAUCAAGUGGACAAGGAUGGCGAGUUUGAAACAAUGCUCAAGAUACUCAAUCGAUAUGAUCCCAAGACGAUGCAGUCACCCGAUAAGCUCGCGGAGGUCACGCUCGAUGCUGUCAAGAAAGGCUCGUUUCUCGUGGCACCGAAGUCGUUUUUCCCGCUGGUGGUGCUCACUCGCGGGAUGCUUGCUCCCGCGAGCUUCGCCAGGACACUGCUCGAGGCUUUCUGGGCUCCCAUUAUCCGCCUUGUGAGCUACAAGCUCUCGGCCGACAUCAAGAAAGAAAUUCUCAAAAACCACGCAGUGAAAAGGCAAAGCCAUGCUCGUGAGAUUGCUGUGCGCAGGUCUACUAACUAGUAAGUUUGUCCCUGUACAUAUUCGAAAGCAUUAUAUACGAUGUCGACUUAGCAGGAUC